AUGCGGCCUCUUAUAAACAAGCUCAAACCGAUCUUCCCGGUUUCAGGAUCAAACGCAGGUAAAGUGGUGAGAACCAUAGUACCGAAGAAACUGGGGAACGAGAACAAUAGUGAAACCGCAACAAUCAAGAAGAUUGAGGAAAGGGUAGAACCAAUGGUUGCCUUUAGUAGACCACCGCCAUUUUCACCAUUCGUCGGUCCAUUGGUCAUGUAUUCGCUUCUUCAAACAUGGUCUAGCCGCGAACAAGACGGUUAG